GCGCGGCGGGGCGGCAGCGCCCUGAGCUCCGCGGGGUUGUGGCGGAGGCCGAGUGAUCGCCGGCGGAGACGCGGCGCGAGGAGCCCAAGCGGUGAAGCGAGCCUGGCGUCUGUCCGCACCUGCAGCCGCGGAGCGGCCCAGAGCUCCUGAUCGUGUGGCCCUCCCGAUGAACCCACAGUGAUCCGUGUGUUUUGCCACUUCCUGCUCCUGCAUUCUUCUGUCCUGGUAACCGGAAUGUUCUGUCUGUUCAGGCUCAAAACAUUCAGUGGAAUCAGAACCAAGCUAAGCAUCCCUCAGGAUGUGUCAAGAUCAAUCUGGGGGAACCGAGUGGCUGAUUUACUGUCUCUCUGACUCAGCGGGCGCUUCUUUUGAGUCUAGUUUUAAAAACUCCUGGCAGCAACCUGAUAUCCAGAACCUUCUCUGAUCAGGGAUGGGGAAAUUUUGAAGCUUUUAUUCAACACAUUGAUGUCUCCAGCUUUGAAAAGAGCCAAAAUGCCAAAAGCCAGAAUCCCAGAGCCCUGCCCACACUUCUGUGAGACCCUGAUCAUUGUCUAACAAAUUCAGCAUGUGUCCACUGGGCUGCACCAUCUGCUGGGCAAGGUUCCAGAAUGGCCAGACAUGCCAGGAUUCAUCUGUUUUAGGAAAGACCUCUAACUACCAGCUGGGAGUCGAUUUGGUUUUCUUUCUUUAUUUUUUGGUUCUGGGGUUGAAGCCAGGGGUGCUUAACCACUGAGCCACACCCUCAGCCUUUUUUAUUUAUUUUUUAUUUUGAGACAGGAUCUCACUCAGUUGUUUAGGGCCUCACUAAGUUACUGAGGUUGGCUGUGAACUUGCAAUCCUCCUGCCUCAGCCUCCCAAGCUGCUGGGAUUACAGGGUGCACCACUACACCUGGCCUUGGUGUUCUAGCCAAGUCUGCAGGUCCUUUCAAGGUGGUCUGUUCUGAUGGAUGGCCCCUACCAGCAUGAAGCCAAAAGAUGACCUUACUCUGUAGGCCAGGCGACUGGGAAAGAAGGAGCCUUGUGUGUGGAAGUCUGCAAGGACAGCGAGCCACCUAGCAUGGCCACGCCCAACCAGUCAGUAGAAGGCUUUCCCCAGGAGGCCUCCAACAGAUCCCUGAACACUACCGAAACGCCGGAGGCCUGGGAUCCAGGGAUCCUACAGGCGCUCAAGAUCUCCCUGGCUGUAGUCCUUUCCAUCAUCACGCUGGCCACCCUCCUGUCCAACGCCUUUGUACUUACCACCAUCCUGCACACCAGAAAGCUGCACACCCCGGCCAACUAUCUCAUUGGCUCCCUGGCCACCACCGACCUCCUGGUUUCCAUCUUGGUCAUGCCCAUCAGCAUCGCCUAUACCAUUACCCGCACCUGGAACUUUGGCCAAAUCCUGUGUGACAUCUGGGUGUCUUCUGACAUCACGUGCUGCACCGCCUCCAUCCUGCACCUCUGCGUCAUUGCUCUGGACAGGUACUGGGCCAUCACCGAUGCCCUGGAGUACAGUAAGCGCCGGACGGCUGGCCACGCGGCUGCUAUGAUCGCCGUGGUCUGGGUCAUCUCCAUCUGCAUCUCCAUCCCACCCCUCUUCUGGCGGCAGGCCAAAGCUCAGGAGGAGAUGUCCGACUGCCUGGUGAACACGUCUCAGAUCUCCUACACCAUCUACUCCACCUGCGGGGCCUUCUACAUCCCGUCCAUCUUGCUCAUCAUCCUCUACGGCCGGAUCUACCUGGCCGCCAGGAACCGCAUCCUGAACCCGCCCUCGCUCUAUGGCAAGCGCUUCACCACGGCGCAGCUCAUCACGGGCUCCGCGGGCUCCUCGCUCUGCUCGCUCAACCCCAGUCUCCACGAGGGCCACUCGCACGCAGCCGGCUCCCCGCUCUUCUUCAACCACGUGAAGAUCAGGCUCGCCGACAGCGUCCUGGAGCGCAAGAGGAUUUCUGCUGCUCGGGAGAGGAAGGCCACCAAGACGCUGGGGAUCAUUCUGGGGGCCUUCAUCGUCUGCUGGCUGCCCUUCUUCGUGGCCUCGCUGGUCCUCCCCAUCUGCCGGGAUUCCUGCUGGCUCCACCCCGCCCUCUUUGACUUCUUCACCUGGCUGGGCUAUUUAAACUCGCUCAUCAACCCCAUCGUCUACACCGUGUUCAAUGAAGACUUCCGCCAAGCGUUCCAGAAAGUGGUCCACGUCCGAAGGGCCUCCGAGUCUCAUUAGGGGGCGACAUUAGGGUCCUGUGACUCCGUUGGGAUUGUCUUUUAAACUUUUUUUUUUCCCUCCCCUGGGAACUGGGUUGAUUCAUGAUCUCUUGGGUCAAUCAACAGAAUUAUUCUGAGUUCUCUUUCCUGUGUCUUGACUUCUGAGCCACCCAAAGCUGGGCCACUGGGUGAAAGGGGAGAGGACUGAAUGAAGACUUCCCCUGACCUAAUAUUUUCUUGGUUCUUCUGGGGUGAAAGACACAUGACCCACCGGAUUCAGGUGAGAAACUCUCUGACUCUGUAGAAAAGACCCUGGGCUCAGAGGGAAGGCUUCCCGGUCAAUCUGAGAUUUGUUAUGGGGGCUCAGUGAAGGAUAAGAUUAGUGACCUGAAUUGAAAGAGAAUUUGGAGCCAGGAUGGAGGAGUCUCCAUCCCCCGUAGCAUCUUGAUUAGAAAACCAUACCCAGGCUGGGCACGGUGGCGAACACCUGUAGUCCCACCGCCUGGGAGGCUGAGGCAGGAGCCUGAUCACAAGUUCAAAGUCAGCCUCAGCAAUUUUAGUGAUGCCCUGAGCAACAUGGUGAGCUCCUGUCUCAAAAAAAAAAAUUAAAAAUUAAAGGGCUGGGGAUGCAGCUUAGUGGUAAAGCACACCUAGGUUCAACCCCCACUACCAAAAAGAAAAUAAUACCCAAGAACGUCUUCUACAACAUCCUCCUUUCCCUGUCAUCCAUGAGUAGUCCAGUGACUUGGAGAGAAAUUCAGAAGGUAGGGAUAGGGGAAUGGGAUGGUUGGGACUGGAUUGACUACCCUGCAGCCUUCUUUCUCCCCCAAUAUCCCUGCCCCAUGUUAAUGUUCUGAGGUUAAAACUCCUGAUCACUCCACUCACGGAGAUCGACAGGCUUUGGACCCACCACCAUUCUCUGAGUAGAACAGCAUUUCAUUUUUUUUCUGGAUUAUUAUUAUUUUUUUUUUACAUCCUGUUCUCAAUAGAGACCUUAAGAUGUUGAGUCUUAUUAAAUAAAGAGCAUGAGACAUCG